GUUUAAUACCAGAAUGUCUAAGGCAACAGUUUUGCUGCCUUUGCUGAGCCUGAGCAUGACUGUAGAACUGGGCAGUGCCCAUAAACAAUGGAGCGCUUUCCGGGGAAUGUUUAAAAGGAUCAAGUAUGCUACACCAUCAAGAGGAGACCCAGGGCAGCCACUUUUCCUUACUCCUUAUAUUGAAAGUGGAAGAACUGAGGAAGGAAGGCAGUUAAGUUUGGUGGGUCCUCUCCCAGGAGCAAAUGUGAUGAGUUACUCUGGCUAUCUCACAGUGAACAAGAUUCAUAACAGCAAUCUCUUCUUCUGGUUCUUCCCUGCUCAGAUACAGCCAGAGAAUGUUCCUGUAUUACUUUGGCUCCAAGGAGGACCAGGAGGUACAUCCAUGUUUGGAAUUUUUGUUGAACACGGACCAUAUGUUGUUGACCAGAAUUUCAGCUUGUCUGAAUGAAAGUUUCCUUGGACAUCCAAGUUUUCCAUGCUUUAUAUUGACAAUCCAGUUGGGACUGGCAUUAGUUUUACUGAUGAUACAGGAUAUGCAGUUAACCAAGAUGAUGUAGGAAGAGAUUUAUAUAGGAACUGCUGUUUAUCCAGUGCCAUGGAUGGAACUGAAGAUGAUGUUUUGUGGGAAGAUGAGGGAGAAGAUGAGAACAGUGAAGAGUGUGACUGUGAGGAUGCAUGUAUUUAUGCAGGGAAAUAUGUGCCUGCUAUUGGGUACUAUAUUCAUACCCACAAUCCCACAGCCAAGGUUAAGAUCAACUUCAAGGGAGUUGCAAUUGGAGAUGGUUUCUGUGACCCUGAAAUGAUGUUGGGUGGCUAUGCACAAUUCCUGUACCAAAUUGGCUUGGUGGAUGAGAAGCAGAGAGACUAUGUCCAGCAGCAAGCCGAUCUGGGAGUAAUCUAUAUCCAGCAGAAGAAAUGGACUGAAGCCUUUGAAAUAUUUAAUUUUCUAAUUAAUGGUGAUGAAACAGGCAUUCCAUCCUACAGUCAGAAUGUUACAGGUUGUAGUAACUUCUUUAACAUGCUACAGUGCCAGUGGCCUGAUGACCAGGAAUAUUUUGGAGAGUUUUUAUUGCUCCCAGAAGAAAGGAAAUCUAUCCAUGUGGCUAAUCUUACUUUCCAUGAUGGGUCUACAGUUGAGAAGCAUUUGCUUGAAGAUGUGAUGAACACAAUAAAGCCAUGGUUAGCUAUAUUAAUGGAUAAUUAUAAGGUAUUGCUAUACAGUGGACAGCUGGACAUUAUAGUAGCAGCUCCAUUAACAGAGCACUUUCUGCCUACUGUGCUAUGGAGCAAAGUGGAAGACUACAAAAAUGCUGAAAGACUUGUAUGGAAGAUCCAUCCCCAAGAUAAGGAGGUAGCUGGAUAUGUGCGUCAAGCUGGUGAUUUCUAUCAGGUAGGAAAAGGCAUGGGGGGACAUAUCCUACCCUAUGACCAUCCUGAAAGAUCACUGGACAUGAUUGACAGAUUUAUCUCUGGGAAAGGAUGGAAGAAAAAUGAACACUAA